AUGGCGGCCGCCAUGGCCGUUCCUUCACCAAAUUCUUCUUCUUCUUCUUCCUUAGCUCAUCGCGACCUGAAAUGCAGUUUCCUCAGUGGCUCACCGGUGAGGGGUCUCUGCGUCGAAGUGAAAUCCAUGAGAAGAAAGGACAAAAAAGGAGUAGGUUUGGUGGUUGCCGCCGCAGCCGCAGGCGGCGAAGCCACCGGCGGAGGAAGGUUUUAUUUCAAUUUCACUGGAUUUCCGUUUCCUCUCGGCCCUUUCCUAAAUCGCCGCACCAUUAGAUACGAGGCUGUGAAGGACAGCAUAUGGCUGUUCGAACAAGAGCAGGCACUGGGUUUCAGCAGUGUGUCGACAAACAUCCGAAUGACGGUUAUCAAGCUGAAAUCCGGAGGAUUAUGGGUUCAUGCCCCUAUUGCUCCUACCAAAGAGUGCCUCCAGCUUGUGAAAGAACUAGGCGCUCCUGUGGAGUAUAUAAUCCUACCCACGUUUGCUUACGAGCAUAAAAUAUUUGUCGGACCCUUUUCAAGAAAGUUUCCGAAAGCUCAGGUGUGGGUUGCACCUCGGCAGUGGAGUUGGCCCUUGAACUUACCCCUCCAAUUUUUUGGGAUUUUUCGAGCCAAAACAUUGCAAGAUGAGGACUCAUUAGCCCCAUGGGCUGAUGAAAUCGAACAGAAAGUCUUGAGCUCACCUGAAGUUGGAAUCGGACCAUAUGUUGAGGUGGCAUUCUAUCAUAAGCGGACGAGGACCCUACUCGUAACGGAUGCAGUGAUAUAUGUUCCAAGGCAGCCACCCGAGUGUAUUAGCAAAGAAUCUUUAAUAUCGUCUGCUAAGAAUGGUUUGGCCGUAAAAAUUCUUAGUAAAGGGAAAAAAGUCCCCGAAGAACCAGUUGUUGACAACAAACUGAACAGACAAAAGGGAUGGGAAAGAAUGGUCCUCCAGAUUUUGUUCCUUGGCCCCUCGAAUCUGUUGGAACCAAACGCGAGUUUUUCUCAGAUGUCACAAAAGCUUAUCGUCUCACCCAUUGUGAAGACGCUUGUUUUCAGCAAAGUUCCUGAAAAGGUUAGAGAUUGGAUCGACCGAAUUACAAGGGACUGGAGGUUCAAGCGGAUAAUCCCUGCUCAUUUUGCAGGCCCGAUUAAUGCAAACAGAUCCGAAUUUUUGGCAGCAUUCGCAUUUCUCGAUGACCUUCUUGGCGAAAAAUACAUCAAGGGGCCUUCUUUUUCCCUACUUUUCGCAUCACUACUCGGAAAGGCCGCCAGCUAUUUCCCGCCAGAUGAUAUGAGGACUCUUUCGUCUCUCGAUCAGUUCUUGGUCUCGGUUGGAGCCGUCAAGAAAACUGUCUCCGGCCGUAAAAAAUGA